ACUUUUCUUUUUCUUCUUUCGUUGUUUUCAAACGUAUUCUUUCGUUUUUUAGAGGUUUGGAAUAGGGGAAAAGUGAAGUAAAAAAUUGGAAUGGCAUCAACUUUGGUAUUGGCUGUGGUUUUUAUCUUCGAUUUGAUUGCUUUUGGACUUGCUGUUGCAGCUGAGCAGAGGAGAUCUUCUGCUAAUAUUGCCACAGAUGCGAACUCUAACUAUUGUGUUUAUGAUUCGGACAUAGCAACUGGCCUUGGCGUGGGGUCAUUUUUAUUUCUUAUGGCUAGUCAAGCCCUGAUAAUGAUAGCUAGUCGAUGCUUAUGCUGCGGGAAAGCUCUGCUACCUGGUAGUUCAAGGACAUGGGCAAUUGUCCUAUUCAUCACAUGCUGGGUUGCAUUUUUUGUUGCUGAGGUAUGCCUGUUGGCGGGUUCUGUUAGAAAUGCCUACCAUACGAAGUACAGAACCAUUUUGUCGGCAAAUCCUCCUUCUUGUGAAACCUUGAGGAAGGGAGUCUUCGGGGCAGGGGCGGCAUUCAUCGUUUUUACUGGCAUAGUCUCUGAGUUUUUCUAUGUGAGCUACUCGAAGGCUGAUGGUGGAUCACUGCCUCAAAGUAGGGACACUGGUAUAAGGAUGGGAUCUUACAGCUGAGCACAGGAGAUUUACAUGAGAUUCUGGUAGUUCUGUUUGUGUUUUCCGCCCAACUAUAUCUUCUUUUUGCUUUGUGUGGCGACAAAUAAGGACUGCAUGUGUUAGUAAAUUUUUAGAUGCGGUCUUCAUGUGAAUGUAAUAGUUUGACAUGAUUUUUUAGUUGGAUUAUAGGUGUACACUUGUUUCAGUGAUUAAAAUCGUUUACGUGCGGUCUUUUGUUUA